GAGAUCGGUGUGCUGGGCGCGCAGCUGGCCCCUUGCUCCGAUUUGGCGGCUGCAAACGCCACAGCUCCAGACGGGCCAAUCCCCACCAGCCCAUCUCCCCUGUUCUCCGUCAAGGUCUCACACAACACCACGCACCACCUCUGCCUCUUGACGCUAAAAAAGCAAUCCCGGGCGAGACGACCAAGCGCGCUGCGGUCCGGUGCAGCUGUGGUCCCCUGCGUUGCACCAGCCCAGCACCCUCCAUCUUUCUGUCUGCAGACCGGCGAAUUCGCCCUUCUGCUUUCCCAUGUCUGCCCACCCGCCAAUGGCCUGUCCGUCUUGAGAUCGAUCGGCGCUCGCGGGUGUGCGCCACAAGCCGCCCACCAUUACUCCUCCCUCCCACCUGCUUGACCCUCCCGCUCUCCGCUGCUAGGCCGCUGGCUGACACCACUCCUCGCGGGCCUAGACAGCUCUUCGCUUCCAAACUCCACGGGGCCCGUGUCCCGCGCCGAGGGACUCGCAGAUCCUUCUUGGGAGCUUGUCUUGGCUGAAUAGAGCUCGCUUUCCCGCUCUGGCACCAACUGGCGCCAACCGAUCCCACAGUUGGAGUUUGCGCAGAAUCCUCCAUUGGUCGAGACCAGCCGGCCCUCCGCUUAGGCAGUCUUUCUCCUCCAAAUCGGGUGCCUAGGCCUGCGCUGAGGUAAACCGGUUCUAGGAGUAGGCGAAAGAGAGAGACUUUGAUCCUUUGAGGGCGUCGCCCUGCCGCCGUUGUGGCUUGUGGAGGCAUUGUCGGGCACGCUUGAGCCCGGGCUCCUCUGGAGUGAUGUUGAUGACGGAAAAGAUCCGCGAGCACCACAACCAUCACAACCACCACGGCUCCACAGAGCCGUCACUAUCGCCCUUGUUACGUCGACAACCGCCGCGAGAGCAACCGCAGCAUGCCUUGCUGUCUUUCCCCGCUGCGAAACAGUCACCCUCGUCUUCCUCGAACGAUCUCUUCGAGGUUCCGCCGGCAAAACGACAGCGGACUUCCCCUGUCGCCGCUACCAUGUCGCCUCCUCCCGCCGGGAGCGCCGCCGAGGCCGGCUGCGGUGAUGCCAAGGCGAAGCCCAACAUGAGCCCGACCGCCGGCAACAAGUCGCCCACGAACGCCCGCGCAUCCCUGAACAGCGCCACGGCAGUGGAUGUACCCUCGCCCAUGGCAGCGUCCGGACCGACGUCGGUAGGAAAACCAAGGCGCGUGAGGACGGGAUGCCUGACGUGUAGGGAGCGUCACCUGAAAUGCGACGAGGGAACUCCCGACUGCCUGAACUGCCGGAAGAGUCGGAGGGAGUGUCGGCGAGGGGUACGACUGAACUUUAUCGACAUUCAAGUCAAGAACCCCGCCUACAUACCGCCCAGGACCGAGUGGAACGUGCGCUUUGAGGACGAAUCGAGGAUGAUUGCAUCCGAAUAUCAGGGUGGCGUGGAGAAGUACGUCCGUAUCGAAUCACCACCGCGCGAGGUGGAGCCAGAGCCGUCUACUUUGCAACCGCAGACGUCGAUGGAGAUGGCUGGCAUGCCAGCAUUGUCAAUACCCGCAGAGACGAACACGCCCAUGGCCAUGUCAAACUAUGCGCCUUCGCCUAUAAUGCCGCCAGUGGACCGGAGAUUCAGCGAGAUGCUGCUGCCCAUGCCCGAUUCGCGCAGGGACAGCAUGGCGUCGGUCCAGAUGCCGCCUACCAGGGCCACACCCCAUGGCAGUAUGGAUAUGGGGGCUAACAACGGUAGCUUCAACUUGGCGGCGCUUCAGGACAAAUGUGGCAUCAAGGAAGAGCCAGGGCCCCGCACGCACCAAUACAAGGCCAGCGACGUCUCCAGCGUGGCUUCAUCGCUGGUUCCUCAAGGCAAUGGCCCGCCGUCGGGCGCAUCGGUGAGCGAUGGCCAAGACAACAGCCAGAACAAGCAGCCUGAUGGUUUGAUGACUCCGCCGUCGGAGAACGUGGCGACGGGCGAGCGCGAGUAUCUCAACUCACCCGAGGAGGUUCGUUACAUGCAAGUAUUUAUCGAAGAAGUGGGUGUGUGGAUGGACAGCUUCGACAAGGACAAGCACUUCAGCCGCGUCAUACCCUAUCUGGCUCUCAAGUCACCGAUGCUCCUCAACGCCUUCCUCGCCUGCGGCGCCAAACAGUUGACGCUCGUCAACACGGCCGAGAACCAGCACGACCACCGCGCCCUGUGCUACUACGAUACGGCCACGACACAGCUUCUGCGCAGCCUUUCGAACCCCGACCGCGACAUGGGCGAGUGUGCCACGACGGCCGUCGUCCUGAACGUGUACGAGAUCAUGAGCGACAAGCCGGCCAAGCGGAUGAACCACAUCGCAGGCGCACGGGCGCUCAUAAGGGAGUGCGGGUGGAACGCCAAGAGCAAAGGGGUCGGGUCCGCGUGCUUCUGGCUCAACAUCGGCAUGGAGGUGCUGAGCUGCCUGUCGUUCAACUGGCAGACGGCGUGGCACCCGGACGACUGGGGCCUGGACAUGACCUUCUUCAACGACAUCGAGGAGAACGGCGGCAGCGGCGCCGUGGACCCGGACGAGGGUGGCGGCAUCGGGCGGCCCGACGACGACCAGGAAUGGGUGCACCGCAUCUUCUACAUCGUGGCCAAGAUCGCGAGCUUCAGGGCCAACAUCCCAAGGUUCCAGGAGCCGUCGCCGUACGACGAGCAGGUACGGCUGCAGAGCCGGUUCGCCGAGUGGAAGCGACUCAAGGCGCUGUGCGACGCUUGGUGCAACAGUUGUCCGCGCUCCAUGCGGCCCUUUGGCUACCUGCCACCCUCGCAGACGCAGGCCAAGUCGGCGUUUCCGAAUGUCUGGCUCAUCAAGCGCGCCGCCGUCGUCGGCCGGCUGUUCUACCACACGGCCAUGUGCCUCCUCGCCCAGAUCAACCCCGUCAACCCGCGCGACUCGGAGGAGAACAGGGCGGCUCAGCUGCACCACGCGCACCAGGUGUGCGGCAUCGUCGCCCACACAAAGGACAACGGCAUAGCCUCGGUCGCGAUCCGCAGCCUCGCCAUCUCGGCCGCCGUGCUGCGCGACCGCCGCGAGCAGGAGGAGGCCGUCAUCAUACUCGAACGCAUCAAGCGCGAGACGGGCUGGCGCCUCGGCAAGGUCUACGGCGAGCUCGGCAGGGAAUGGGGCUGGAUGCCCGAUCCGGCCCUGGCGCCUGCCGCUGCUACUGCUACUGCUACUGCUACUGCUGCUACUAAUGCCGCCGGCUCGACUGCUGCCGCUACAGGCAACGCAGGUGGUGCCGGCUCUGCUGCGCCGCCGCCGUUGGGGUCGCCCGCUUCGUCGGCGCUCGCAAACCCCGUGUGCUCUCCCGGCCACGGCGGGUCGCCCAGGAGCCAGAACGCCGGCGCCCCUCCCGCCCUUCAGCCUCCCAGGCUCCAGCAGCCCCGGCCCCAGGCGCCCGCGCGGCGCCAGUCUGGACCCGUCGGCUCCGUCAUGCAGGCGGGCAUGCCGAGUAGGGGCUCGUCGCCGCUACAACACCAAGCACAGGCGCCCUCGACGUUUUCUGGAGGGAGCCGGCAGUUCUUUUCGUCGAACCCAUCACCACAGAUGCAGCACCAACAGCAUCUGCAGGCACAGCAAUACCAGCAGCAGCAGGUCCAGCAAGCCCAACAACAGCAGCAGGCGCAGCAACAAGCGCAACAACAGCAGCAACAACAACAACAGCAGCAACAACAACAACACCAUCAGCAACAACAACAGCGGCAGCAGCGGGAACGCACCCCUCAGCAACCCACACCACCGCUGCCGGUUUCGUCGAGACCUCUCGUCAACCCUCUACUAAUUCGAGCCGAUUUCAGCCUGCCAGACCACCCGUACCAGAAUUGGUAUCAGCCACCCAACGCUACAAGCCAAUUCAGCUCUAAUGGUUUCUGGGCAGGCUAGGUGCUGCGGCACCAUGGUGGCCCGGUCGCUUGUUGAGCAAACACACGCACUCUACUAGUACCAGGCCCCUUUGCUUUUGCUCGCCAUAUCUACUUCCCACACUCUUAACGACCUUCCACUUCCUCUGUAUAUCUAUUCCGGCCAAGUCGGCCUUUCAUGUGGUUAAAGAAAAAUAAACGACGAUAAAAAAGCUCCUUGCGUCUGGGCAACUACUCCGUCCGAAUGGGACUCGCUGUAUAUUUAUAAAACCUCAAAGCCCUCAUGGCAUGGCAUCGUCUAGGAAACGGGAUUCUUCGCAUGUGGCAAGGUGCGCGGCAUUCUAGCGUUUAGUUAGGGUUUUGUUUUUUUGGUGGCCAAGGCGCUUCCUUUUAUACUAGAUGGGCUUUGAAGCGUCGUUGGUGUUUGCCACGCAUAUUUGCUUGGCAGCUACUUUCGAUAGGCAGCCGUAUAACAUUCUGGCAAAUUCGAAGUCUUGCACGGUGACACCGCUUUCUGGGUUGGACGAUUGUAUUUAGCUCCUGUCAACUUGUGAUAUGGCCUCUGCGGACUUGCUCCGCCGUCUAUAACUCCACGUUGUAUCUGGGUAUAACAAAAACCGAG